AUGCUAGGUGCUGGAAAAGAUAUAGGAAAAAAAAUAUUAGGAGCAGGAGCUACAGCAUUAGGGGCAAUAAGUGUAGCAGGGAUAAUAGCUGCAGGUUCUUCUUAUCUUGCUGGUAGACAUACUGCAGAAGUAGGGACGCUUGCAAUAGCAGAUAAGUUUAGUAGUCUGAUUAGGGCAGUUAUUUUAAGUAAUAACAUUGAUAAUGAUUCUAAUGCCACUUUAAAUGAAGCACUGGAAUCAUUUGAAUUAAAAUGGUUACUAAUGAAUCUUGAUAUAAGCCUGAAAGAUGUAGAAGCGGGUAAAAAGAGUAAAGAAGAACACAAUAGAUAUGCUAAGGAUAGAAUUAAUGAUAUUAAGAGACUGUCAUUAAAGUAUCAUCCAGAUGUACAAGCAGGUAUACAAAAUGCAAAUAGUAUGCAACAGAGAAUUAAUGCAAUACUGAAAGCACUGAAUAAUGUACAUGAUUAUGUAAUGAAAGAAAAGCAAGGGUAUGGUUACAUAUAUAGAUUGUUUGGAGAAAUUUCAGUCAAUCUAAUUAAUAGCGGUCAAGAUUUGUUUAAGAUAAUCAAUAUAGCUGCAUGCAGUAAGUUGCAUAAUAUAGCAUAUUGGGAAGAAGGAAGGUUAAUGGAAUCAAGGAAUCAAUAUUUGGAAGAAGUAAGAGAACACUAUAUAAAGCCAUUAAAAAAUAACUUAGGUUUUGUGAAAAAGAUACUUAAUAAGGAAAUGUCUAUAAGAGAAGCAAGAAACAUUCUUGACUCAACAAAAGAGAUAAGAAAGAAAUUUGAACGACGUAAUGAAGAGUAUCAAAAAUUCUAUGAAGAGAUUUGGGUAGAAAAUCUAAAAUCGCUAAGUAAGGAGUGUAAAAAUUGUAAAGAGUUGGAGAUAAUAAAGUUAGAAGUAGGUAAGUUAUUAAAAGAAGGUGAAACACAAUAUAAAGUAUUAAAGAGUCAUAAAAAAGAUAAAGUACAACCUGACGAAAUAUUUGUAGAGCCAAUAUUGGAGUAUGCUGAUUUGGUAAAUUCAUACUACAAAUUGAUAAUCAAGUUGUGCGAAAAUAUAGAAAGUUGUGUCCGUUUGAGUGGUAGCUUCAAUGGUAAUUUUUUUGAGCAACAGAAAUUUGUGUUAGGAGCAGAUGAAACUGAAUUUACUGAAAUAAGUAAGAAGUAUAUAAAAGAGCUUUCGUGUCAGGAAUUAUUUAAAUUUGCAAACCUUAUGGUAAAUUAUUAUUAUAAUAAGGAAGAUGGCAGAGGGUUACAAAAGGUAGUAAGUCAGUAUUACAACGGUGGCAAUCUAAAAAGGAGAGAAAUAGGAAAUAUAUCAGUUUUUGCGCUAAAUCAGUUAACAGAUUUACUUGAAAAAAAGUUUGAGAAAAAAGAAACCUUUUUUGAAAAAGAAAAGAAAAGAACAAAAAAAGCAAUAGAAGAAUCAAACGAUAUAAGGAGGCGCAUAGAAGAAAUAGAAGUUAGAAUUAGAUCAUCAGAACAAAGUAUCGAACAGUCAAUUCAGGCAAGACAAAGGGCAGAGCAAACGGCAGAACAAGAAGCUCAAAGGGCAGAACAAGAAGCUCAAGCAAGACAAAGGGCAGAGCAAACGGCAGAACAAGAAGCUCAAAAGGCAACAAAAUUUGAAGAAAUGUUAAGAAGAAUGGGGGUAGAUCCAGAAACUGUUUUAGAUGAUGUGAAUGUAAGCCAAGGUGCAAGUGUAGGAAUUGGGAGAGGCAGUGGAGCUGGUGUAUAA